GAUUGGUUACUGACUGCGCAUGAGCUACUGGAUUUGCGAAGGAGCUACGUAGCUACAGUAAAUGCUGACAACCUCACCACAUACAAAAGUUAACGCAUUUUAACAGUGUUGUAAAAAAAAUUGUGGUGAUUAUUGGGAUUGAGUGGUAUUAUUGUCGUUUACCUUCAUCAUGCCGAGAGGUGGGAAAAAGGGCCACAAAGGCAGAGGGAAGCAAUUCAGCAAUCCUGAGGAGAUUGACCGUCAGAUGAAAGCACAGAGAGAACUGGAGGAAAAUCCUGGUGCAGAGAAAGAGGGCGCUUCCGACUCUGAGGAGGAGAGUAGCAGUGAUGAGGAGUCUGAGUUUAGGAAGAGGAGCGGCGUGGAGGGACUCAUAGAAAUUGAGAACCCCAACCGCGUGUCUCAGAAAAACAAGAAAGUGUCCGAAUUAGAUGUCAAUGCUCCUAAAGAGCUGUCUCGCAGAGAAAGGGAGGAGAUCGAGAAGCAGAAGUCCAAGGAACGCUUUAGGAAGCUUCAGCUUGAGGGGAAGACGGACCAGGCGAGGGCGGACCUGGCCAGACUUGCCAUUAUCAAGAAGCAGAGGGAGGAUGCUGCCAAGAAAAGAGAAGAGCUCAGGAAAGAAAAAGAGGCUGAGGAGGCCAAAGCGAAGCGUUAGUCACCAGUCCGAGAACUUCCAACAUGCACAUCAGUCUCAGAGGGAUGGAGAGAGGCGAGGGAACAAGUAUGGAAUAGCGUCAGAAAAUGGCUGCUCCUGAGCUCCAUCCAGUGCUUCCUUUAACACCAGGGGGACGUGGGACUUUUUAUCACGAUGUGGUUCGGACAAACAAAAACGGGUGAAAUCAUCAAGAGGUAAAGAGAAAUGCAACAUUUGGGAUUCAUCUGCAGUUUUGACGAGACCACUGCAGGUUUUCUAACUGCUGCACACACUCUUUACUUUUACGCCAUCUUAGUUCUUAUAGAUGCUAAUCAUUUGCAUUCCUUUUCUUCUGGGUUCACAUGUUUUUACAAGGUGUUGACAUGUUGAUGGGACUCCAACAACAGGGACUUAUCCUCUUUCCCUACGACUUGUUUUUGUCUGAAUGCAGCAAUAGACAGUAAAACAAACACCAACAAUCAAGUAGAUCAAGCUUGUAUUAAUUCUUUAUGAGGUGGACUUAAUGUUUACUCCACCCAGAAGGAAUAUUACUUGAACUACCUUUUGAUAAGCCUUAUUUUUUUAAAUAGUUACACAACAAAACACAUCACUUCUAGAAAGCCUUGCAUCAAACUGCCUCAAUGACAGUGGCCUUGUUUCUGCAAGGCGUUGUCCUUCUAUAGGAUGGAUUUUGUCUUUUGUUGCCCCAAACACACACACACACACAGCUCAUUUUCACACACUCGCUCAAACAGAACCCUCACUCAUUCAGCAUUUAUCUGAAGAGCAAAAUGUCUGCAGAACAAUACUUGGAGACUUUCAUUGUUUGCUUUAGCAAUCAUCAAAUGCAUUUCACCACACGAUAAUAACACACCUUUAAAAAUCAAACAAAAACAAAACCCAACCUGCAUUCAGGAAAAAAAAAAUAUCAAAGGUUAUAGAAACAAGUUCCUCAAUGUUUCCUCAUAUGUGUUUGAAGUCAUUUAAUAAAUAAAUUCACAAGUCCAUGAU